AUGGAAACCCUGGCCUCCAACCCCCCAGAUGGAGGCGGUGGCAUGCCAAAUGUGGCGCAGCCGCGAGAGGAGGCAACAAGACCAUCACGACCUUCCUUUAGAGACAAGCUUAUGGGCGGGGCUAAGGCGGCAGACCCGAAGGAGAGGGUAGAUUUAUUUAAGCAAGGCAAGAUGAAGGUGGAGUUUCUAUACGAGGCCAAGAGACUACCCAGGAUUGUAGUGGACAAGUCAGUGAUAGAGGAUAUGUGUGCGCCUUGGAAGGAGGCACUAGUGGUGUGUCUGCUAGGCAAAAGGCUAGGGUUCAGAGUCAUGAAGAGCAAACUGGCUUAUACAUGGAGGCUCUCAGGAGACUUUGAGUUGUUAGACGUGGGAAAUGGGUUCUUCAUGGUCAAGUUUGAUAUGGAGGAGGACAGGAACAAGGUUAUAGGCGGUGGCCCGUGGAUGAUCUUUGACCACUACCUAGCGGUGGCUACCUGGAGUCCUGAGUUCAUUUCUCCUGCUGCAAGGGUGAAGAAAACGUUGGCGUGGAUCCGUAUCCCGGGACUGAAUGUGGCGUUCUAUGAUGAAAGUUUUCUGAUGUCUGUGGCCCAAGUCAUUGGGAAACCAGUACGAGUGGACAUGAACACGCUGAGAGGGGAUCGAGGUCGUUUUGCUAGAAUAUGUGUGGAAUUAGAUCUUACAAAACCAGUUUAUGGUAAAAUCAUGAUUGAAGAUUUCUGGUAUAACAUAGAGUAUGAGGGACUCCACAUCAUCUGCACUAAGUGUGGAUGCUAUGGGCAUAGAAGUAGAGAGUGCACUACUCCAGUGGUAAUGGAAGAGACAGUAGGAGUCCAGACGAUGGAGAGCGAGCAGACAGAAGGAGGAAUCGCCGGAGUUGCUCAUCCGGGAAACGCCGUCAGAGAGGGUAUGGAGACAAGCACAACCGACAUCAGAAAAGAUAUUGAAACGGUUAAUCUUGCAGUUAUGGGAACCCCGGAAAUCGUGGAAAGUAGUAAUGGGGAUUCCAUGGAUUCUAUGAAUCCCAAAGAGAGUGGGCCAACACAGAAAAAGUCAGAGUUAAAACUGAAACCGCCAGAAGAGAUUUUUGGUGAGUGGAUGGUGGUAUCUAGGAAGAAAAAGAAACAACCGAAACAAUUGCCGCAAAAAGGGGGAUCCAAAGAUUCCAUGGGCAAAGCCAUUAAUGCUCAUCAUGGCCAGCAAAAAGCAAAACCUAAUCAUGCGGCUAUGAAAAUCAAUGAGAAGAAGUCAGCGCCUCCAACUUUUCAACCUAAAAGUGUGGAAGGCCUCAAAUUUGGUAUGGGAAGUGGGCCGCAAUCAGAGCCAACCGUGGACAAUAAGAAGAGACGGGCACGUGGAGAUGAAUGGGAGAAAGUAGUGCAGGACAUGAGGAGGAAGGAAAUAAAAAUGGGGCCCACUAGUGCAUCUAAGUUUGUAUUUGGGGAUGCAAGCGGAAAUGAUAAGAAGGUGAAGGACCAAAGCGUCAGUGCCAACGACGGUGUCGACGUUAGCAACAAAGAUGCUCCAGGCUCAAGCAGGUCUGCAGGAAUCCAAAUUAAUGAAUCCUAG